AUGACUUCCAUCUCUCCUUUGAUGCUCACGCGAAUUACCAUCCGUGCCAACGUCCCUCUGAAGGAUCUCCCGCCGGGAGAGUUCGUCGAGAUCACCUGGGAAUGCCCGAGCGCGACCAUGAGGUGCAACCGGAUGCCCGACGAGGGCGGCCACGAAACAAAUUGCGGACAAGAACUGCCGGUCGGCUGCGGCGACGGCGACGAGAGCGACGAAGACAUGACAGACGACGGGUCGGAGGCUCCACUAUCGGAGCCCCCGACCUUCGACAAGCUCAGGCUCGUAGACCCAGAGGAUGAGCCGGCGUGGGAGCCAGGCCGCGAGCCGCAACAAGUCCUCUUCGCUGACCCAAACCUGGGGGGUUUCCCUCCGAUAUGCACCAAGUACCACGAGAAGCUCGACGAGGAACAAUACAACACCAAGAUCGAGUGGCGGGUGCCGCUGCCGAACGUGACGACGCUCCACAUCGACGACGUGCACCCCAAGCUCCUCUACGCGUUCCUCACGCACUUCACCCUGCCGGAAGUCAACAGCCUCAACCUCAUGUACGACAUCCGCGGCCAGCCGGAGCGCAGGGAGCUCCUGCUCGUGCUCCUCAACGUUGGCAAGAGCCUGCUCUGGCAGCUCAUCCGCUUCCACUCGAUCAGAGAGCUCCACUGCCACCACAUCGACGUCCUGGAGCGCUUCUACGUGGCGAUCCAGUUCGUGAAGGAGUUCACGCUGCACUACUGGGACGGCCCUUCAACUGCCAGGAGUGGCUCGUCGUGCUGCAGGCGCAACCUCUCCCACCUGAUCACGCACGGGCUCGCGGCGGCGAAGCUGAUCACGCUGCUGGACAACCGGAACCUCGUCGGUGAACCUAUUUGGGGCGUGUGCUACUCGGAAGGCUAUAUCUUGCAGCACGAACGCGACAAGCUGGAGCGCGAGUCAGCAAGUAUUGUAUCUUGGGCUCUGCGUGUCUCGCUAUCGCUGCUGAACGGUGUCCAGGGCGGGCUGUUGAUGAGCUGGUAG